CCCACAUUGACAGGGACAAGAAACCAUGGCAGCCACCACCACAGACUCGGGCGCGAAGCCUAAGAGAGUAUGGACAACCCUCAUAACCAACACCGACUACCUCACCGGCCUCCUCACGCUCGACUACUCGCUCAAAAAGCACGGCACCAAGUAUCCGCUCAUCGCGCUCUACACCGACACCUUCCCCGCCGAGGGCCAUGCCGCCCUCGAUGCGCGCUCCAUCCCCAAGCAACACGUCAAAUACCUGCUCCCCAGCGUCUCCAAGGAUUACUCCAACGACCCGCGCUUCUACGACUGCUGGUCCAAACUCACGCCCUUUGGCCUGACCGAAUAUGACCGCGUUGUCCAGCUCGACUCCGACAUGCUCGUCCUGCGCAACAUGGACGACCUGAUGGACCUGCCGCUCGACAGUCCGGAGCUCGCAGGCAAGGGAGAAAGGGUGUUUGCAGCCAGCCAUGCAUGCGUAUGCAAUCCGCUGAACAAAGCGCAUUAUCCGAAAGAUUGGGUCCCGAGCAAUUGCGGAUUUACCAGCCAGCACGACGAUCCCGAGAACGCGCAAAUCACCGGCGCCCCCUCGGACUUUGGUCUAGGCAUGCCCAACGGCGGCCUGCAGGUCGUCAAUCCCAGCGCUGCCGUGUACGAUUUGAUCCUCGCGCGCCUGUCUGAUCCGACUGUCAUGGCGUACGAUUUCGCGGACCAGAGCCUGCUGGGCGAUCUGUUUCGCGGUAGGUGGGUCCCGCUGCCGUAUACGUACAAUGCGCUGAAGACGCUGCGGACGUUCUCGCACAAGGUGCUUUGGCGCGACGAGGAGGUGCGCAAUGUGCAUUAUAUCCUGAGUCCGAAGCCGUGGCAGGAGAAGGAGGGGGAGAGGAGCGACGAGGAGACGCAUGGGUGGUGGUGGAAGGUUAAUGCGGAGAGGCUGGUGGAGGAGAAGAAGGCAGGGAUUCAAGAUGAAUUUUGA